UUAAAUGACAGCCUCAGUAGCUUUGGCUUUAUUGAACACAAAGCUGCAGUUUCAUGUCUUAGAAUAAAAAAAAUUGUAAUAAAAAUAAACAUCUGUUGCAGUAGAAAUGUCCUCAGUUGGGUAUUUGAGACAGUUUAUCAGUGAUCGAUUAACCGCAGCCGCCGAGGAAAUAUUCUCAGUGGUCGAAGAAACUAUCGUCCAGUACGAGGAGGAGAUCGAGCGUCAGCGCAGACUGUUGGAGACCACCUGGAAACCCGACAUAAAGUUACAAAGAACAGACUCCCCACAGCAACAUGACGACACGGAGGAGGAAGUUCUCGCUGACCAGCAGCUCUGUAACCAGGACGGGAACUCUAGUCUGGACCGGGAGGAACCAGAGUCUCCACAGAUCAAAGAGGAACAGGACGAACCAGGGUCCUCACACAUUAAAGAGGAAGAUGAGGAACUGUGGACCCCUCAGGAGGAAGAACAGCAUGAACUGAAGGAGGAGGCCGAUAUCCUCAUGGUGACUUGUGAUGAAAGUGACUACAGUGAACCGGAGCUAAACGGCGAACAGCUGUUUCCUCACGACUUUCCUGCAGCUGAAAGUCGAGACCGGGAAGAACGUGAUCACGUGGACUCGGACUCAACUAGUAACACAGAGCUGGUGUCAAAUAAGUCAGAGAGUCAGUGUAACCCUGAUCCAGGUAAAAAGUCUGUGAGGUGUGACACUUGCGGGAAAACUUACCAGUAUCCAUGCCGACUGCUGAUACAUCAAAGAAGCCACACAGGAGAGAAGCCGUACCACUGUACCAUCUGUGGGAAAAGAUUUGUUGACCCGUAUGCGUUGAAGAAGCACACAGUAAUCCACACAGAUGAGAAACCAUUCUCAUGCAACAUAUGUGGGAAAAGCUUCAACCAGAACGCUCACUUAACUAUUCACAUGAGAGCUCACACGGCCGAGAGACCUUACCUCUGCAUCGUCUGCGGGAAAGGUUUCACCGACAUGUGUUCACUGAGAACCCACACGGGAAUGCACACGGGUAAGAAGCCGUACUCUUGCGUAACGUGCGGGAAAACUUUCAGUCAAAACACUCACUUAACCGUUCACAUGCGAACUCACACGGGGGAGAGGCCGUACUCCUGCGAAAUAUGCGGGAAAUGCUUCAUUCACAACGGCAGUUUGACCGUCCACAUGAGAACGCACACAAACGAGAAACCGUUCCUUUGUAGCACGUGCGGGAAAGGAUUUACCGUCACGUCGGCACUAAAAAGGCAUCUGGUAAUCCACAGUGGGGGGAAGACGUAUUCCUGCAAAAUAUGCGGGAAAGGUUUCAAUCAAAGCGCUCAUUUAAACGUCCACGCGAGAACUCACGAAGGCGAGAGCUUGUGAAAUUGUUACAAACUGUGCCUCUUAUAACCGGCGUGGUGCAUUUCAACUUGUAGCAGUAUUGCACUUUUAGUAUGUGUAUGUUAUUGUCUUUUAAUCUAUUUAAUUCUUUUAAUUCUAUGUAUAAUAUUGAGUGUACUGACAAUGCAAUGUUCUAAUUCCUGCACUGACACUUACAUUGUGCAUUAUUUAAUAUUUUUGAUUCUCAUUCUCAUUUAUGAAUGAAUGUCUCCAGGGCUUCUUAUUCUUUUGAGAAUGAAAUGUGCCUCUAUAGACAAAAAAACUAAGUAUUGGUAGGAAGUGUUGUUUUGAUAAAUGUAAUGUUCUGAUUGUACGAAUUUCAUAAUUGUUUUUGUUCAGUUAUAUGUUGAAUGUGAACUAAAAUCAAAAGUGAAGGUUGUCUCAGAGGUGAUUUCUUUUCAUACGUCGCAUGCUGAGGUAGUUUUUUCCCGGGUAGAGUAACUUUUGGUGCCACCUCCUGUUUUUAAUGUCAGUUUUAUCCGUUAACUGUAAAGACAAACAAGCCAUCAGCGACUUGGCCCAUUAGGUCUUCUGAGGAUUUUUGAGAUUUUAAAAACUCUGUGUGCUGUCUUCCAUCGAUUUCUCCACGACUGCAAAUACUUGAAAGUUGAAUCUACAGGCUGCAAUCACUAAGCAUCAGCCAAAACAUUAUGACCACCGACAGUAACAUUGACCAUCUUGUGAUAGUACGAUGUUUCACUGGGAAAGUUUUGAACCUGGCAUUCGUUCAUGUGGACAUGAUCCCCACUAAUAACA